GCGGCGGCGGCAGGGGGGAGGUGAUGCCCCGUUACUAUGAGGACAAGCCGGAGGAUGACGGCGCAUGCGCCGGGGUGAAGGAGGAUCUGGGGGCGUGCCUACUGCAGUCGGACUGUGUGCUCAAGGAAGGAAAAACUCCUCGACAGUGUUUGAAGGAAGGAAACUGCAAAGCUUUGAAAUAUUCAUUUUUUGAAUGCAAAAGAUCAAUGUUGGAUGCCAGAUCAAGAUUCAGAGGAAGAAAAGGAUAUUGACACUUUUCUCUUAGAACCAAGAUUGAAACAACAUGGGUUCAUCAUUUAGAAAGCAUGGCUGUAUUUUCACUUCAUACAUUGAGUUGGACAAUUUUGUAAUUGGUUUUUAAGGGAAAAAAGAGAUGAAUCCUGCUUUUUGAACACUGAUGGAAAUUGAUCUGUGCUCAAUUUAAUUAAAUGGAUGUAAAAUAUGCAUAUAAUAAAUUUUCAGAAUCCUAAA